UGAUCCAGCAGCGCUUGAGUCGUACAAGGCAGAUUAGCAGUUGUAGGCGCAUUCUUUGAAAGUUUGAAAUAUACCCAGAUAAUUUAGCAGAUUCCUGUGAUUGAUCUAAAAGCACUUGUUAUUUAGUUGACGUUAAAUUUAAGCAUUUCUGGGAGCGGAUGACAAGUGUUGUGGCGUCUUUCAAACCGUGCGUAAUUGUCGCUUCUUUCUCAGCUCCAUCGGCCAAACGUUUUCCCGACGAGACGUUGUAUUUGGAGGAAGGACAUCUAACACGGGGAUAAGAUGACAGCAAUCAGAAUGGUUUCAUCAGUGCUGGUGCUGGUGCUGAUGCAGUCCGGAGCUCUUUGCGCACGGAGGUUCCGCGGUGGCCGCAACCCACAACCACGACGCGCACCACCUGCUCCCACAUACCGGGCGGACCGGGGUGACACCACGGAGAGCUUCCCUCUGGAUUUCACCGCCGUGGAGGAGAACAUGGAUAACUUCAUGACACAAGUGAAGAACCUGGCACAGUCCCUCUACCCGUGCUCGGCGCAGAAGCUCGACUACGACAUGAAACUGAACUUUUUGGAGAAUACAUCAGUCACCUGCAACGAUGGAAGUCCUGCGGGGUACUACCUGAAAGAAUCCCGAGGCAGCAGACGGUGGUUGAUAUUCCUAGAGGGUGGCUGGUACUGCUUCAACAAGGAGAACUGUGACAGCCGAUACGAGACCAUGAGGAGACUGAUGAGCUCGUCCAAGUGGCCCCAAACUAAAACAGGCACCGGGAUCCUGUCUCCACUGCCCGAGGAAAACCCUCACUGGUGGAAUGCCAACAUGGUGUUCAUCCCGUAUUGCUCCAGCGAUGUGUGGAGCGGUGCAACAGCCAAAACAGAGCAGAAUGGCUAUGCCUUCAUGGGAUCGCUGAUUAUUCAGGAGGUUGUGAAGGACCUGCUGAACAAAGGUUUGGACAACGCCAAAGUUCUCCUAUUAGCAGGAAGCAGUGCGGGUGGUACAGGGGUCCUUCUGAACGUGGACCAUGUGGCAGAAUUACUGGAGGGACUGGGGCACACUGGGAUACAAGUGCGAGGCCUGUCUGAUUCUGGCUGGUUCCUGGACAACAAGCAGUACCACUGCACGGAGUGUGUGGAUGCUGUCAGCUGUUCCCCCACUGAGACCAUCAAGAGAGGCAUCAAGUACUGGGGAGGAGUGGUACCAGAGAGGUGCAGGCAAACCCAUGAAGGAGAGGAGUGGAACUGUUUCUUUGGAUAUAGAGUCUUCCCUUCAAUAAAGAGCCCUGUGUUUGUUGUCCAGUGGCUGUUUGAUGAGGCCCAGUUGACAGUGGACAACAUCCAGCUGACAGGCCAGCCUGUGCAGGAAGGCCAGUGGCGCUACAUCCAAAACCUGGGCAUUGAGCUUAGGAACACACUCAAAGAUGUCCCGGCUAUGUUUGCUCCAGCGUGCCUAUCACAUGAAGUGAUCACAAGAAACUACUGGAUUGACGUGCAGGUUAAAGGCACGUCCUUGCCCCGAGCACUGCACUGCUGGGACCGCAGCCUCCACGACAACAGGAACAACAAGGCCCCGCCCAAAGGCUGCCCUGUACAUCUGAUUGACAGCUGCCCGUGGCCCCACUGCAAUCCCACAUGCCCCACCAUCCGAGACCAGUUCACAGGACAAGAGAUGAACGUCAUUCAGUUCCUCAUGCACAUGGGCUUUGAUGUGCAGAAGAUGGCCCAACAGCAGGGCAUGGACCCCAGCAAGCUACUGGGCAUGCUCAGUAGUGGCAGCUAAAGGGAUACACAUGCGCACAGUAUCUUCAAGCUAAGCCCAAGCAGGGCUGGCUGGUCUCUCUGGCCAGUCUCCCAUGCCUGAUACCUCCAAAUAACCCAUUCCUCACAACUGGUGACAAGUACAGGGGCAACACGCCACCAUGACAAGGCACAACUCUCUGCUACUCUCCAUUUAAAUUAUCUUUUGCUUUGUAAAAGAAAAAAAUAUCACGAAUGUAAUCCAGUUUUAAGGAUGCUCAUUGCUGUUUUGUUUUUUUAAAUAUUAUUUUCACCCUUCCAUAUAGAUUAUAUUUAGUCAUUGUUAAAAAAAAGAAAGAAAAGGAAAGUCCACAAUGACGUACAGAUGCUGACUUUGUCACAUAGUCACUAUAGAGUAUAUAAUGGUAUAAUUUUGUUUGGUUAUAACAUCUCAUCACACCCAAAAAAACUACAUCAAGGUAGAAACAGGGAUAAGGUGAGACAAGCACUGGAUCAGGAAGGACAUUUUGUAUUUAUCUCUAAAGCAAUGUUAAGAACGAUAGGGAGAGGGAACUUACACCAACACACCUCUAAUCGGUUCAUGGUAUUUGACCAGGUUGGAUUAACACACUCUUUACAUAGUUAGGCCCCAGACAAACAAAUGUCAGAUGUUAUUCCUUGCUAAUGGAAAAAAAACACAGACAAUCCUCAACACUUCACAUUAUUGUUUUGAUUAUCAUGGAUUAAUAAAAAAGACCACUCUAGAGGUAACUCUUUCCUUACAGUGUUGAAAUGAAAGUGGCAUAUUUUCAGCAUAUUACAACUUUUGAUGCCAAGAUCCCCAGUUUAGUCGUUUCCUGAAGCGGAAUGUGGUGCUAAAGUGGACCUGGAAACACUUUUAAGGUCUAUCAGUAGCUAUACAUACACCACAGUGCCAUUACAUCUAUACCUCUUUCUCCCAGGCCAUGACAAGAGGACUGUUCAAACCCGCACAUACGGUACACAUUCAUGUUAAAUCACCUCAGUAGUUCAUCAAUCCUCAGAUCAAUGCAAUGAACAUUUAAAGGGAGACAAAUAUAGUGUAUUGUAUAUUUUUUUGAGUAUUUGUAUAGGUUCUUUCAAGUGUUCACUAGUGUAACUCCCUUCUUAUAUUUCAUAAUAGAGAUCACUUUUUAAUAUAAUGACAAUGUUGUAUGUAAUGAUGUCUUUAUUAAUGAUGUUUUUAAAGGACCUCUAUUUCGCAUCACGCCAGAGAAGGAAAACUAUUACUAAUUGUAAUUUUAUUCUGUAACAUAUUUUUUUAACGGAAAACAAGCUACAUUGGUAAUUUACAUAUUUAUUUUGUUAUGUAAAUCAUAUUUAUAAGUGCUAUUUUCACAGAGAAGUGAUUCUUUGUAAAUUGUAAAUACGGUGCUGUUUUUUCUCUUUCUGUUGAUUGCAUGUCUUUGUAUGAGACGUAAAAGAAAAGACACAUUACAUAUACCACAAGGUAAA